AUGUCAUCUACCGUGCUCAAUUCCAGCAGCAUAUCGGAACUACCUCUGCCUGAGUUCUUUGGAACCAGCAACAAAUUCACAUAUGUCAAUUUGCCCGUGGUCUGUUUGGCGUUGCUUCGUCGUCCUGAGUGGAACUUUGGGUUUAUGCUAGUUACUGACUUUACUGAGUACUUCCAUAACCCUUAUGCUGUGGGGAGGAGCCCGGAAAGUCUACCUGAAUCUUUUAGCUUGGGUAACAUCUUUGCCUUAGAACUGUCGAAAGUGUUUGCUAUUACGGUUCCAAGAGAUAAGAUGGACCUCUACUGGAGAGACUUGUGUCUGUAUUCUCCACGAAUGAGGAACUACGAUCCACAGGAUGAAAAGAGAUGUAAUUUCGCUCAAGAGGGCAUUAUUGCUAUGAUCAAUAUGAGGGUGAAACUGUAUUCGAUGAUGACAGAAGGCUGGCUUACACGGAUCCAGAUUUGCAACCGAACAGAGAUGAAGAAAAGCGCGUUUAAAGCGCAUUUGAAGAAGUUCCAUUUCGGUGGUUUUAUGACGAGGUUCUUGAAGCAUGUGGAUAAGACUUUGUACGACACCAUCUUGCCGAGUUUCCCUAUAGACUCGUACUUGAAGCCGGAGGAUAUCGCGUCCAAUGGUGCUGGUGGAGUAAAGAGGCCCUACGAUGAACUUAUAACCCAGGCACCUAAAUCCAGGUCUAUCUCAGCUGCUCAAAUUACUUUCAAGCAGCAGUUUACGCAGCGUCCAGCAGAAAGUCCCGAAGAGGAAGAGGAAGAGCUCCCCAGCUUUGGCUUAGACCAUGCGAACGAAACCCAGAACACUAACCACGAUAACGUCUCGUCACAGCGUCCUGCUGUGAGAAACAAAUGGCUGAAUUAUUCUGUGAGCAGAGUGUCGUUUUCCACCAUCAGCUCGAUGUCAAUGCAUGAUACACCUGAAGUGACUAUGUUCGAGACAACUUGCGUUCUUGCCAAUAUCUUGCCUGAGAUAGAUUUGCUAUUUGUCCGUCCUUAUAAGCGGACCAUGAAGAUUCCUCCUAUUAAACUUACACUUACUGGCUCGAAAAACGAAAGGAUAUUUGCUGAACUUCACACGGAAAGCGAGAUCAACAAGUUCUUUGGAGUCCAAGAAGUCGAAGAAGUGAUUCCAAAUAUCGAGAGGAUUUCCAAUAAGCUAAGACAAUUGACAGGUCUGCAAAUCAAGAUAAGACUACAAAAAGCUUUGCUCAACCUCGACUUUGGCUACCAGAAGGAGUACUGGGCAUGUCGUACACAACUCCAGGAUCUCGGAGACGUCUGGAACUAUAGCACGCAAAAUUAA